AUGGCGGAAUCCUCUGUUUCGAAAUCUAGCGUUUCGAGUGUUAGCCAGAGUGUUCCAAACUUUGAUUCCCUUGCUCAAACAAAAGGAGGCUUUUUAGAUCGCAUAUUCCCGAUUUUGGAUCAAAUGAUGGAAAAAACGAGAUUUCCUUCUUGGUUCAUGUCAUUUGUUUCAAUCUUUAUUCUCUUACAAAACCUCUCAGUAGGUGCAUGGAUCUAUACACCAAACUUCCAGAGAACUUCUGGUCAUUGGACUGAUUUAUAUAAAAUCGUAAUCUAUAUCUUGACAUUCAGCAACCCAUUAGACACAGCAAGUGUUAGCUAUGUGAUGCUAGGCCUUUGCAUUGGAAUUGCUGUGUUUUCAGUCCUGUGGAUAUUCUUUAUGGAUUUCUACAACAAGAAGUUCUAUAUGCUGCCGGUUCCACUGCUAUAUGUUUCAUCAUUGAUUAUUGAUAUAAUCGAUUCUAUAUUCAUCAUUCCAAGUGUUUACGUUGCUAAUCAUGGUAUCACAGGUCUUCAAAGUCACUUUGACUAG